AUGCCAUUUACGCAUUCCGCCGACAGCGUCGGUGCAAUUGCCAUAUACGCAUACGAGCACCGACAGGCUGUCGAUGCAAUAGCCAUUUACCUCUUCGAGUACCGACAGUCUGUCGGUGCAAUAGACCCGACCGUGAGGUGUGCCGUGCCAAAAUGUUCUUCUAUGAGAGGAAGCUUAACUGCUUCAAAGACUGGCGUUUCUUUUUUUUCAACACCAAAAGAUUCGUUGAUUCUUAGUCAGUGGGAAAACAACAUUGGGCUAAUGGAUAGUCAGCAUCUUACUUCUAAAUCCAAAGUGUGUGAACUUCAUUUUGCAGAAAGUGAUAUUAUUAAAGGAAAAACGGUUAAGAAAGAUGGUCGAGAUUCCUUUAUCCUCCACAAAUAUUGGAGAUUGAAAGCCAGUGCUGUACCUGUACGUCUAUGUGGUAGUUCACCAACAUCUGACGUUGAUGAACACCUAUCCCAACAAGCUUCAGAGGGAACGACCAGCAACAGUGUCAUAGCUGUGAGAGAACCAACGUGUGGAUUCGUACAAUUGGGUGGAACUAACAUCGUUAAUUCUACCAUUAAACAAAACGCUGGGGAAAAGUGACCGUUGGACACAGCUAACCUACCAACUGAAUCAAAUGCUGCAAA